GUCGUCUCAUGUUGUGCAGUUAUUACACUGUUGAUGCCCGGAUGUAACAGUUCAAUCGUCGACAACGCCUGCUGCCCAGACGAUACCUGCUGGCCCUCGGAUGAAAAGAUUUCAGAAUUUGCCAAGUCUCUACAAGGAAGUCUGUAUCGUCCCUCUGAUUCAAACUACGUCAGCGUCAACACAUGGAAGAACUUCAUAUAUCAUCGUAAACCCAACAUCAUCGUCAUGGUUACCGGAGUGGAUGACGUCAGAAAAAGUUUGUCGUUUGCCAGACGAUACAACAUUUUGGUGACGAUCAAGUCGACAGGUCACUCGUACAAUGGUCGGUCCACGCGGGAUGGCAGUCUGCAGAUAAACAUGAAAAACAUGAAAGGGAGGCGACUCAAUCUGAAUUCAGACAGAAACCCAGCAGGGGAGAUAACCGUCGAAACGGGCAACACGUGGGGAGACAUUUACAAAGAGGUAGAACAGAAUGACAGAAUUAUCGUCGGCGGGGCCGAGCAGACCGUCUCUCCUGGCGGAUACACACAAGGGGGAGGCCACUCCCCGAUAGCAAGGUCGCUUGGACUGGCAGUCGACAAUCUCUUGGAAGCGCACCUGGUUACGGUAAACGGGGAUCUGGUCACAGCUCGUGAAAAUGAGACAAUCGUAACUCAUAGCAACGGAUCCACCGAGACUGUCCUGGACGGAGAUCUUCUGUGGGCCAUCAGGGGAGGUGGUGGAGGGGUGUGGGGCGUGAUCAUCAACUUCACGUUCAGACUACACUCUAAGCCUCCGCAGGUGGUCGUCAGCAACCACUACUUCUCCUUCAUCCAGAGUGGAGCCGUCCCUGGCAGGCAGACCCUGAAGGAUCUGUUCAGGAUCAUCCAGAGGCUGCCGUCUCGAUGGGGAGGUUACCUCAUCUUCAACAACGAGAAAUCAAAGGACAUCCCAAACGCGUGGGGUUACGUACAACUUGCACUCAACCAUUUCGGUCCGUGGAAUCUGUCGUCCCGAGCGGCUGUGGAUGAGGUGGUGAACCUGACACCCCUACAGCUGAAGGACAUCAAAAACAAGACGUCAUACUGGGAGUUCGGGCAGGGAGCAGGUGCACAGGCCCCUUCAAAGGUCAGACUAUACCUAGCCGGAUCGUUUCUCUUAAACGACUCUGCCAAGUUUGACAAGUGGGUGGACGCCAUGGUGGACAGAAUGACGGACAUCCGAGUUCCGUACACGAGCGGCUGUGUGGGGACAAUGAUUGGAGGUAAGGCUUCUCAAGAAAAUGCGCACACCUCAGUGUCAGCUCGGUUCCGGACUGGUUUGUUUUGCAUGUCGUGCUAUACAGCUUGGUUGGAUCCUAGAAUGGAUGCUAUUGGCAUUGCUGCAGGCCACAAACUAAACGAGGAGCUCCUAAAAUACGGACAGGGUGUGUACUACAACGAACCGUCGUAUGACCUUCCAAACUGGAAGGAGCUGUUUUGGGGAGGAAAUUACGACAGACUACUAACGAUCAAACGUCGAUGGGAUCCCGACAACUUUCUGUGGUGCUACCACUGUAUUGGGUCGGAUAUACAGAAUACCGGAUCUGCUCCAGCCAAAUGCUCAGUUGGUGGCGCCGUAAUACAGAGUGCUGGUUGGCUCACUGUUGCUACGCUGUCUCUGAUCGUUAUCAUAUUACGACAAUCGGAUUAAAAUAACAUCUUAAAGGGACAUUCCUGAGUUUGCUGCAUUGUAAGAUGUUUCCGACUAAUACAAUAGUUC